AUGAGCGUCGACGUGCUAGACUUGUGGAGAAUCCUUCUCCCCCGCCUCCCGUGCCUUUUGACUUAUCGAUUAUGGGAUGAUGGUUUAGGGGCUCGCCGAAUGGAUUCAUUCAAGUUGUCGACUAGAGCAUUGGCAGUCAAUUAUUUGAAAGAUUACAAAUUUCAGAGUGAGGGUGCUGCAGCAUUGGUUGAGAGGACAGGGUUGCGCAAGUUGUUGGACUGCUCGAUCCAGCACUUGGACGGACCUUUACUUGUGGCAUUUGGGGAGAGGUGGCAGCCUGACACCAACACCUUUCACAUGCCUUUUGGAGAGAUGACCAUCACGCUCCACGACGUUGCAGUGUUGCUUGGGAUUCCAGUCGGUGAAGAUAUGGUUGUAGGGAAUGAGAGUGUGAAAGCACAGUUGUGUGAGAUGCUGAGGGUCGAACAAUUGAAUGAACGAUCCAAGCCUUCGCUUAAGAGUGGGGGUUUAGUGUGUGUUGAAGCUAUGCAGCAGGUUGGGAGGUUUCGGGAAAGAGAUUCUGAGGUACGGAUGUUCUUGACCUGUUUGUUGGGGACCACCUUGUUUGUGGACAGGAGUGGGAUCGGGCGCAGAGCUGGAUCCUACGAGUACUUCCCGUGUUUACGAGAUCAGAAGUUGGGGACACGUGGAUUGGUGUGCGGGGAACCUUUUGCUAAGAAGUGGGAGGGGGUGAGAAUUGGAGUUGAUGUUUGCCGAUCUGCGAAUGUCAAGAUGUACUCCUUGUCCUACGGUCCCGGCUUGAGUGAGCUUUGGAAGGCCCCUCACUGCCACUCGGUGCAGUUGGAUUCGAUAUCGAGACCUGUUCAAAAACCGGAAGAUACCGAGGAUGGGUAUCUACAGUGGUAUAUGGGACGUACCCACCCGAGGAUCGUCUGCCCCAGUGCUGCUGACCAGGAGAUACACCACCAUCUUAGUCAUGAUCAGCUCGUCCGAGAGUUUCGCACUGUGAUUGAGCACCCUUAUGAUGACCACCUUGAUCUUCUUCUUGGAUUACAAGGGUUGCUUAAAGAGUACGACGAGGCGACUCCAUACCAGCCUCCACCUCAGUACUAG